AUGUCUUUCUCAGAAAAACAACAAAGUAUAUGUGCACAAAUUAUCGAGAACAACUCACCAAAUUCUUUUUUUAAUACAACAAUAAUAAACAGCCUAUCGGAUGUUAUCAUCAAGGUUCCAUUUCCGCCAAAAAUAACUCCUCAAGAAUUGGCACAAAAUAAAAUUGGCAAGAAGAAGUCAAAAAAUCUCAAUGCAUUUAUUGUAUAUCGAAAACAAUAUCUCGAACAAAUGCAUCGUUUAGGACUUAAGCCCAACAUGGUUCAACUUUCAAGAAAAGCUGGUUCCGCAUGGGAAAAAGAGCCGCAGAAGGUUAAAAAAUGGUAUAAAGAUUUAGCUGAAAAAGUUGUCGACAUUUUGACGGAAAGGCAGAUAAAAUCUUCCGACUUUGUCGAAAAUGAUUGGAAUAUUUAUACAUGUAAUGUGAAACAAAAUGUAAAAGAAAGAAGUAACUUCUCUAUAAAAACACAACCUGAAACAAAGAGAAUCGAAUAUGUUCAACCGCAAGAACUGGAAUCUACUUUUGAAAGUCCAACGAUAUCAAACCUCGAAAUUUCACCAUUAAAUUUUCCUUUAUAUAUCGAUGGGAUUUAUGGGACGUUUUCCCUUAUGAAUGAUAACACAACAACACUACCCCAGCAAUUUAUAGAAUCGAAUCCUGAUUUUUCUUCCCCGGCAUUAUUUGACUUUUCGCCAUUUCUUUGUAAUGAUAGCAUCCUCGAUCUCACUUUUUUUCAAUAA